AUGUCACUUUGGAUUAAGGAUGAAGACCCUCAGAUUCUUACACUGGGACCUGGAGAAUCAUGGAGAAGGUUAAUUAUCCAAGACAGCAGCCCUAGCCAUGUUAAGUUGUACAAGGCAAUUUGGAGAUGCAUCAACGGAGUUGUGUACUAUUUAGCGGCUGAUAACACUAUUGUGAGUUUUGACGUGAGGUCCGAGAAGUUUGGAGUAAUCCAAAUACCAGAUAUGUCUUGUCCUAGAAAAGGGCUGCCUUGGGGUAUGCAAGUACUUCCGUGUGGUUUUAUAAGACAUAGGGGAAGAUUAGCUUUGUUUUCUAAUAAUAUCAGCAGUCUUUCGGGACGAAUCUCAUUAUGGAUUUUGGAGGAUGCUGAGAAACAUGAAUGGUUGCGAAAAGACUCCUCUCUGCCAUUUAAAUCGCUUACUUCUCUGUCAACAGGGGAAGGAAUCUUUUUAUUACAUGUAAGUGGUGAGACCGUUGAUGAUGAGUUGAUUUACUUACCAGACCUUGCGGAGAAGCCAUUCUAUGCGAUAUACUAUGAUUUGGAGAGAAAUAGAGUAAGAAAAGUUGAGUACGAGGGGAGUGGAGAAAUCGAGUUCAGAUCUCAUUGUUUUCCCAAUCACAUUGAGAGUCUCAUGUCUUUGAACGAUCUUCUUACCGCGGCCUAG